GCUAUAUAAUGUGUAGGACUCCCUGAGCACCAGGCCAGACUCUAAUCUACUAUUCGAUUCAAUAUCUCAGUCGAAGGAGGACAAUACCCCUAUCGCGCAGGAUGGACCAUCACAUUGUAAAGACCAUGCACCUAUAUGGCCUCGCAGUGGUCCCAUAUAGUCGCGAAUUACUCUCCUGAAUAUAUUGAGAUCGUCGGCACCUUUGCUAUCCAUUUUUGUUUCUCCUGGCUCGUUUCGCUUUUUUUUACCGUCGUCGAUCUCUCCGCUUCUGAAUCGAUGCUCGAAAAAUAUAAGAUUCAGCCCAUCUCCAAGCAAGCCACCCGCCAUGCGCUCCUCCAAUAUAUCCCCAGCGCCUUUCAAAACCAGGUUCUUACUACCGUCUUGCAUUCCAUCAAAAUCCUCGUUCUCCGCAGGGUCACGGGCCGAUUCGUCGGCUAUCGCAUCGAGCAUAAAUUACCAUCUCUAGCCGAAAUCCUCGUGGACAUUCCUCUCUGCUUUCUUGCACGGGACUUCCUCUACUACUACGGCCAUCGUCUUCUCCAUCAGGCGUGGUUUUACCGACGCUUUCACAAACAGCACCACAAGUUUACCACACCCGUGGCUAUAUCAGCAGAGCACAUGCACCCAUUUGAGCACACCCUCGUAAAUAUCCUGCCGAUUUUUGUGCCGUAAACGCUGUUACGGGUACAUGUCGUUACCUUUUGGUUGCUUCUGGCAUCAGCAAUUGGGCAA